CUGGUAGCUGUUGGCAUCAGCUGCCCCCAGGGACAGGGCCUUUGCCACUUUCGUGCUUUGAUCAAGUUGUGGUAACCUCCUUCCCUAGGCCCCACAGGCCCUAGAAAAGGAGGCUGGUGCUAGGGGACCAGCUCACCACCUCCUCAGUGCCAGGAGUCUGCUGGAAAGGUAGGGUGUGAGUGCAUCUACUUUUGCAAGUUGUCUUUGAUCCCCUUUGGCUCACCAAGAGAUGGAGUAACCGCUUCAGCUAACCGCUCUCCACUGGGAGCCCCCCUUACCAUGUGCCUGGCAUUGUACUCCUCGUGCACAGUCUUGUUUGAGAAGAGGCCCAGAGGGGGGCAGUGACUUGCCCAAGACCAUACAACUAUCAAGAGUCAGGAUUUGGACCCAGAGUUCGUCCUCUCGCUUCUGGAGAAGAUGCAGUCCCAGGAGCUCCUCAGGAUCCUGCGGCUGCCCGAGCUGGGAGACCUGGGCCAGUUUUUCCGCAGCCUGUCGGCCACCAGCCUCCUGAGUGUGGGCGCUCUGGCGGCCCUUGUCGCCUACUGGGUCACCCAUCGGCCCAAGGCCCUGCAGCCGCCCUGCGACCUCCAGAGGCAGUCGGAGGAGGUGGAGGACGGGGGCGGAGCCCGGCGAUCUGUGAUUGGAGGGAGCCCUCAGUUGCUCACCCACUACUAUGACGAUGCCCGGACCAUGUACCAGGUGUUCCGCCGUGGCCUUAGCAUCUCAGGAAACGGACCCUGUCUCGGAUUCAGGAAGCCUGAACAACCUUACCAGUGGCUUUCCUACCAAGAGGUGGCCAACAGGGCUGAAUCUCUGGGCUCAGGACUUCUCCACCACCAGCGUAAAAUGUGCACAGACCAGUUCAUUGGCGUUUUUGCACAAAACCGGCCAGAGUGGAUCAUUGCAGAGCUGGCCUGCUACACGUAUUCCAUGGUGGUGGUCCCUCUCUAUGACACACUGGGCCCUGGGGCCAUCCACUACAUCAUCAAAACAGCGGACAUCUGCAUUGUGAUCGUGGAUAAACCUCAGAAGGCCAUGCUUCUGCUGGGGCACGUGGAGAGGAAGGAGACCCCAGGCCUCAAGCUGAUCAUCCUCAUGGACCCAUUCGAGGAUGACCUGAAAGAGAGAGGGCAGAAGUGUGGGGUGGAGAUCAAGUCCAUGCAAGAGGUGGAGGACUAUGGCCGAGAAAAUCACCAUGCCCCUGUGCCGCCACGGCCUGAGGACCUCUCCAUUGUGUGUUUCACAAGUGGCACAACAGGGAACCCCAAGGGCGCGAUGCUCACCCAUGGGAACGUGGUGGCUGAUUUCUCGGGCUUUCUGAAAGUGACAGAGAAAGUGAUCUUUCCGAGACAGGACGAUGUGCUCAUCUCCUUCCUGCCUCUGGCUCACAUGUUUGAGAGAGUGAUCCAGUCUGUGGUCUACUGCCAUGGAGGGCGCGUGGGCUUCUUCCAGGGAGACAUCCGCCUCCUCUCAGAUGACAUGAAGGCUCUCCGCCCCACCAUCUUCCCCGUGGUCCCACGACUGCUGAACCGGAUGUAUGACAAGAUCUUCUACCAGGCAGACACUUCACUCAAGCGAUGGCUCCUGGAGUUUGCGGCCAGGCGCAAGCAGGCCGAGGUGCGGAGUGGAAUCAUCAGGAAUGACAGCGUCUGGGAUGAGCUCUUCUUCAAUAAGAUCCAGGCCAGUCUCGGAGGGCGCGUGCGGAUGAUUGUUACUGGAGCAGCCCCUGCAUCGCCAGCCGUCCUGGGGUUCCUCCGAGCAGCUCUGGGGUGCCAGGUCUAUGAAGGCUACGGCCAAACGGAGUGCACAGCUGGGUGCACCUUCACGACGCCCGGGGACUGGACCUCAGGGCACGUGGGGGCGCCCCUGCCCUGCAAUCACAUCAAGCUUGUCGACGUGGAGGAACUGAACUACUGGACUUCCAAAGGAGAGGGAGAGAUAUGUGUGAAAGGACCAAAUGUAUUCAAAGGCUACUUAAAAGACGAGGACAGGACAAAGGAGGCCCUGGACAGUGACGGCUGGCUUCACACCGGGGACAUCGGGAAGUGGCUGCCGGAGGGAACUCUUAAAAUUAUUGAUCGGAAAAAGCACAUAUUUAAGCUUGCUCAGGGAGAAUACAUAGCGCCAGAGAAGAUUGAGAACAUCUAUAUCCGGAGCGAGCCUGUGGCGCAGGUCUAUGUCCAUGGGGACAGCUUAAAGGCCUUUUUGGUGGGCAUCGUCGUGCCUGACCCUGAAAUCAUGCCUUCUUGGGCCCAGAAGAGAGGAAUUGAAGGCGCCUAUGAAGAACUCUGCACAAGUAAGGAGCUGAAAAAGGCCAUUUUGGAUGACAUGGUGACGUUAGGAAAGCAAAGUGGACUCUAUUCUUUUGAACAGGUUAAAGCCAUUCACAUCCAUUCUGACAUGUUCUCAGUUCAAAAUGGUUUGCUUACACCAACACUAAAGGCUAAGAGACCUGAACUGAGAGCGUACUUCAAAAAACAAAUCGAAGAGCUUUACUCGAUCUCCAUGUGAAGCGCAAGGGAAGUCCUCAGAACCACGAACUAUGCAGCAAUAUUGUAGCUGUCCUCAAAAGUGCGGAGUCAAAAGACCCCACAGGAAGUGAGCAUGCACCUGAUUUUACAACAGAGCCUUUUCCUGGGUCCCAAGAAGUCUUUAACAAUAUUUUCUCUAUCAUCACUGAGUACACUUUAUUUUUAUUAAAUGACAUUGUAGCAAGCUGCUAAAUACCGAAAAAUGGCAAUGUAAAAAUCAAAAACUGUGUACCACUAAAAGUAAUCUAUUCUUAAUGUUCACAGAUUUCCUAUUAAACAUAAAGGAAACGCAUAACUGAUAUAUUGUACUUAAUUAUUUGUGGAAUAAUAACCAAAUAGAACAAAAGCCUAGGCAAUGUGGACUACCUCAUUAAAUAACUGAUUGUCAAAAUCAUAUUAAAUCAGACAUAAAAAUUAAGACAAGGUGUAGAAAACCUCACUGAAACAGAACAUGACAGCUCACGUUCAGGACCUCACAUUCUUGAAACAUGAUACUCCUCAUGGAUGUGAAAAGGCUGUCUCCCUGAUUUUUACUUUCAUUCCUGGACAAAUCCCAACAUUCUUAAAUCAGAUAUUUAUUUAACAACUUACAAAGACCUUUUAAUGCAUUUUUUCAUUUAUUGGCUUAUUGAAUUCUUCAGAAACUACCUUAAAAAAUGUAGGCAAGGUACACAUGCAUUCACAGACUUCUUACUGUAAGGGUUAGAUGUCUGACCUUAGAAUUUUCCAAGGUGGCUGUUGGCUAUAGUAAGUGGACCCUUGGUGAAGACUUAAGGACAGGAAUUCAGAGCUGUCUCUCACGGUGGGCUGCAGUUAAUACACCUGUGUUCCUGGUGAGGCCUUUGCCUUGUCCAUUUUCAAUAUGUUCACUCCAAGCCAGGACUGGAGAACCCAUUGGCUGUAAUUCUGGAGAAUUUUGCUGCCUUUUAACAUGACUAUCAAGGAAGAUAUGAGGAAGAAUAGAUAUUAGUUCCAAAGAAAUAACUUUUCAACACAAUAUAGAAGAAACUCAUCAAAAUUUCCUUUGCAAACAUUGUAAAUCCAGCCUAGAGAAAUACCUGCUGACGAAAUAAUUCCCUUUCUAGAAUUGUUAAGUGCUCCUAAGUUUAACUAUAAAACCUCUGUUGUUGCAUUAUUUACUUAGACACACCCUUUACCUGGGUGCCAACUAUCUGACUGAAUAAAAGCCUUGAUAACAUGGACAGCAGUUCAAUUCCAGGCUAUAGACCAUACCGAGGAGGACAUGAUCCCUAAGGAAGUGUUGGUCUUUGGAAGUGACAAGACUCUGAGAGAACAUGAGCCGCUCAUAUGAAAUUCACAUCGCCUUUGGAAAUACAUGUGCUGAGUGGUGUUGCGGGACAAAAGCUCCUCAGCCUGAAAGAAGGCCAGACUGUAAGUGAGUGCUGUCAGUUAGCACCCGUGUCAUCCUGUGGACCCCACGGAUGAACCUGCGCCUGCGAUGAUGCCUGUGGUUCGGUCUCGUUGAGGGCGGGCCUCCGCGUUGUUGGAUGUCUACGUUUAGGGUUUGGGGGACAUAGUCUUUUGAAGACCUACUGUUGCACUUAAAAACUUGACAUUCUGUAAAUGAAUUAUGUAUGUGCAUUAACUUUUUUCACAAAUGCUGAGGAUCAAACCAGGUCCUUUCACUUUCUAGACCAGUAUGCUACCCUUGAGCUACAAUCCCAGCCCUGUGCAUAUGAAUGUUUAAAGAUAUUUCUGACUAAACGAACAAAUUGUUCAAAUUCACAGAUGUAUAACACUGGCUUUUAAAAUAGUUAAUGUAUAUUUGACCAACUAAACUCAAAAAUCGUUACCUGAUUUAGAUCUUCAUCCUCUUUUAAGGGCAAAUAGCUUUAUAUUUCAAAGAAAAGAAGCUAUUUCCCACUGUCCUUCCUUCCAUUCGACUACAACCUCAAGGUUGGCUUUGAUCCCAACAGAAUUUUGAACAUGUAAUUUAAGCAAGUGAUUUAAAAGUUAUUUUGAUUCUACUUAUUCCAAAUAGUAGUCAGAUAUAAGUAAUCGUGGGCAGCUUAAGAUUUUUUUGUCAUUCAGAAGAUCUCCUGAUCUGUGCAGAAAUCAUCACACUUUAGCCAAUAAAUAGGUUGGUGCCAAUAUUCUGAGAGUCAACGAUAGACCUUAAGUACACUGCAUAUCAACUUCUUCCUCUAACUCUACCCAACUCUGAGCAAGGGGAAAAUGAAACAGUAUGUAUUAGGGGAAAAAUUCUUCCUUCAGGUUUCCCAAACUGAUUUUGGGGGAGUAAAAAAGUAAGUUUGUGCUUAUCUUUCAUUGAUAUAGGAAAAAAAGCUAAAUACUUAAGGUUCAUAUCCACAUUGGUCAUCAGAUGCUAUUUAAGUCGAGAAGUGUGACAAAGAUUCAGCUCCUUCAACAUAAAUGAGUUCUUAAAUGUUUAAGCUUUUUACCUGUUUCUAAUUGUAAUAUGUUACGAAUUUCCACAUUUUUUACAAGCCACUUCAGUUGGGUAUACACUAUAAAAUAGAUAUAGACCAUUUUCCAUUUGACAUAAAAUGUCUUUAUAAGAACUAUUCAGACUUCCUCCUUUCCCAAAGGAGAGGAGAUUCUGGCCAGGUGUCAUGUGCAGCCCUAGCUCCACAUAUUAGGACCGCAUACUCAGAAGUCCAAGGAGUAACCACGCCAUGUCUCAAGUCACUCUAUCAUUCUAUAUUUAGGUACAACCACAACUUGGGAAAAAAUGAAAACUUCCACUGGGAGUUUUACAAUCAAGUAAUGUUUUUUGCCGUUUGAAAUCAGCACUUAAAAUGUGAUUGGAAUGAUCUUUAAUUUUUCUACCAUAAAGAAAUUAAAGUAUUCUUUAUGUUCCAGCUAUAUAAAGCACAAGUCUGAUCGAGUUACUUAAAACACAAAAUAGUAGAAAAUGAAUGUAAUGGAUGGGAAAUUAUUUUUUUGCAUGAAAACAGAUUACUUUCAAGUUUGCCUAAUAUCUCAGGAAAAAAAAGAAUGAAUAAUCAUAUAUAAAGUUGAUAAACUAUAAGCUGGCCAUAUUUUCUCACCAGUUUUAAUUUUAAGGAAGCAUUUAGAUAAAAAGGAUCCUGGUGGUCUUAAAUUUGCUAAGUGUGUGGCAUAAUCCUGUUUGUGAAUUUACCUAUAACUGUUAAGAGUGAGAUUACCAUCCACAUGAGGACCAAACCCCAAGUGAGUGGCUAAUAGUUGUAAUGGAGAGAUGGUAAAUACUUGAAACAUGAGUGUUUUGAAACCUGACCCCAAACAGAGGGGGUUUUAAUGAGGUGAUAAUGACAUUUAAGCUUUCAUUUGACUGAUUAAUUUUCUUUGUUAAUCAUUGCAGUGAUUGCAUGGGGAGAAAUAGCUAUUUUUUUAAAGAAUUGCUUAUUCUACUUUCAAUUUUUGAAGAUUGAGGGAUUAAAAUAUUACUUUUUAAAUAUGCA